AUGGUCAACUCCACAUCUGAAGACGGCGAUACCCAGCUCAAAUCUACGGCCCGCUACUCCCUGCGAAAACGUCCUGAACGCUCUCCUACUUCAAAUCGUUUACGGCGAAAGAAGCGUGUCCACCGUACUCGCGGCGGUCUAGUUUCAUUACGAAAGAUACCCGAUGAGUUUGUCUCCAUGUAA